CGAAAGGCCUUAAAACCUAUCCCAAAUUUUGUGUUGCAUCUAUCUCAAAGGCAUUUGUUUUGCCGACAAUGGUGGCAUGCUUCUCGUUGAGCACUCUCGAUGUUUUACCCGCGAGAAAUAUCAACGCCUCCGCCGCUGCUAGGCCGAGCUUCAAUCCCCAAGAUGCCCUCGCACUUCUCCAGAAAUGUGCCGGUUUCAAUCAAUUGAAGCAAAUCCACGCCAAGUUAAUCCGCACCGCCCUCCAUGAGCAUCGCGUAAUCGCCGGGAAGUUGAUUCGGCUUUGUUCGUCGUACGGCGAGACCAAGCACGCCACAUUAGUGUUCCAGCAGAUGGAGAAUCCGGACACGUUCGUGUGGAACUUGCUCAUCCGAGCGCACACUGUGAACUCCUGCUCGCACCAAGCCAUCCUGCUCUUCAAUUUGAUGAUUGUCCGGGGCGUUAGUGCCGACAAAUUCACGUUCCCGUUCGUGAUAAAGGCGUGCUUGGAUUGCUCCUACGUGGAGAAGGCCAGAGAGGUAUAUGGAGCGGCUGUUAAAAAUGGAUUUUCUGGAAACAUAUUCCUGAACAAUGUGUUGCUGGAUUUGUACAUUAAAUGUGGAAUAAUUGACGAUGCCAUGAAGAUGUUCGACAAAAUGCCUGCCAGAAACGUAGUGACAUGGACGACCAUGGUGGCUGGGCUUGUGCAUAAUGGGAGUGAAUGGAUGGAUUCGGCACAGAAACUGUUCGAUAACAUGCCCGUGAGGAGGAAUGUGGUUUCAUGGACUGCAAUGAUCAGUGGCUAUGCCAAGAGUGAUAAGCCAGAAAAGGCCUUUGUGUUGUUUGCCAAAAUGCAGAGAGCUAUGGUCAAGCCUAAUGAGUACACCAUUGUUGCUCUCUUGAAGGCUUGUUCCCGAUUGAAGAGCCUUAAACUCGGUUGUUGGGUUCAUGAAUUCACCAUCAAGAAUGGGUUUGAGAUUGGGGUUUUCAUUGGGACUGCUCUCAUUGACAUGUAUAGCAAGUGUGGCAGUUUGGAUUAUGCAAAGCGGGUCUUUGAAGAAAUGGAGGUUAAGAGUGUGGCAACGUGGAACACGAUGAUCACGAGCCUUGGGGUUCAUGGAUGUGGUCAGGAGGCCAUUGAACUGUUCAAAAAUAUGGAGCGAUUGAAGGUGCAGCCAGAUGCUUUGACUUUGACAGGCGUUUUAUGUGCUUGCCUGCAGAUAGACAACAUUGACAUGGGUCGGAAAUACUUCAAUUACAUGACUGAAUGUUAUGGUGUUAAGCCUAAUUCUGAGCAUUUAGCUUUGCUGUACACAAUGUACUUGAAGUUGCUUGAUUCAGCAUUGCCGGCAAUGCUGAGAGAUGAAACUGUGUGCUCAAUGGAGAGUAAGGUAACCCAUAGUGAAAAGGACGCGCUUGUGUCCAUGCGUCAUAACAUCCAAUAUAUGGAGGAGAAAAAAAGAAAGGGAAAUAGCGGGCAUGGCAUAUUGGUGAAAACACUAGGAGAAGGUGAAACAGUUUGAUCUCAUCUAAUCUGAUAAGUCACUCUGUACAGAACAAGACCAGCUGUCAUUGUAAGUUUAUAGCAUAGCCCAAUAAGUAACAUAGAUACUGCCAGAGGAAUGGUCAGUGCAGCAUUGGACACCCAUAGAAUUGAUAUUGGCUCGGCGUAAAUAUGUCAGCUAUUUGUAUAAAGGUUGAAAAGCUAUAGCAGUUAUACUAAGAAAAUUAUGUAUGUUACCAUAUACAAGAUUUAU